AUGGAAAGAUAUGAAAAACUAUAUUUUAAAAAAAGAAGCAAAGAGACGCAGUUACGUGCAAGGAACUGGUGGUGGUCCAUCUCCUAAAAUAGCUUUCUCACCUUUUGAAGAGGAAGUUUUACAAUUGUUGACACCGGAGGCAGCCGGACUAGAAAACAUUCCAGAAGGUGGAAUUUAUACAGAAGAAAAUCCUAUUUUAGAAGACACAAUACAAAUAGAAAAUAAUGAAGCGGAACAAGACAUGCAAAAUAAUCAUAACAUGAUAAAUGAAGACAAUAGAAAUGAAGAGAAUUCUGAAAAUAUACCAUCACACAAUAUAGAAAAAAGAGGAAAAGUUAAUACACCUAAAAUAAAUAAUAUAACACGAGGAAAUAUAAUGCAAAAAAUGUCACAUGAUAUGUUAAAAUUACAAGAAAUAAAAGUAAGAUUAAAUAAAAAGGAAGUAAAACUUAAGAAAAAGAAAUUAAAGGUACAAAAAAAUAUUUUAUCCGAGCUAAUAGAAAUCAAAACAGCUUUGAAAUCAUGGGCUGGAACUGAGACUUUAAUAUGAAAAACAUGAAAUACUUUAAGAUUCCGAAAUAUUUAGAUAAGAAUUUAAAGUUAUUUUGCAACAGUUUGCACAUAUUGAUAUAUAUAUUUUAUAUAUGCAAUAUUAAUCUAAUUUUGAGUUACUUAUAUUAUUUUUGUUUUAUUUUUUAUUAU